UUGUGGGGCCGGCGGCGCGCGCGCGAUGGAGGCUGGGUGCUGGGUGCUCGGCGGCGAAUUUGAGGACUCGGUGUUCGAGCAGAGGCCGGAGCGGCGGCCCGAGCCGCCCGCGCCCUACGGCGCCAAGCUGUGCGAGCCGCAGUGGUUUUAUGGAGAGACGGAAAGUAGUGAUGAUAUGGAAGUUCUCACUCUCAAGAAAUUCAGAGGGGACCUGGCCUACAGACGACAGGAAUACGAGAAGGCACUCCAGGAGUACUCCAGUAUCUCUGAACAGUUGCCAUCCACCAAUUUUGCCAUGAGGAGGGAUGUCCAGGAAGGCCAGGCUCGGUGUCUGGCUCACUUGGGGAGACAUGGGGAAGCGCUGGAGAUUGCGGCAAAGUUGGAAAAUAAAGCAACCAACAUGGACCAUCUCACCACGGUGUUCUACCUCCACUUGGCUAUCUUUUCAAGUUUGCAGAACUUGGAGAAUACAAUUUUGUGCUUGCAAAAACUGAUUUCCCUGCAUCCUCUGAACCCUUGGAACUGGUGGCGAUUGGCAGAGGCAUACCUGAGUCCAGGGCCAGGCCUGCCAGCCUCGAGUGUGUCGUCUCAGGGACAGACGAGUGUCACCUCAAGUAACAAAGCUGUCGGUCCCUCUGUUGUGCACUCUGGAGCAGACCACCUUCUGUGUUUCCCAGCACUGCCUGAGAGGGCUGUGUUUCCCAUGGAAGCCCAUGGUUGUCAUAUCCAGAAGGCUGAGACAGCUCGGAAGAAUAUGCAGAGAGAAGCAUCGUGGAUGGAGGCUCGGCUGAAAGCCUGUGCCUGUCUGAUCCGAGCCAGGCUCCUGCUUCAGCUCACCCAGUCUCAGCAAACAUCAUUUGCUUUGGAGAGGAACUUGAGGACUCAGCAGGAGAUUGCGGAGAAGGUGAAGGAGCUCAGCCUCCCUGAAGGAGCUAUGCUGUUGAUGGAGGAGGCUAUGGGGGAAGAUAUUACCCCAGAAAAAAUAAAAGAUGAAGUUCACUCAGAGGUGAAGUGUGUUGGCCCCACUGCCCUGACUGCCUUGGCCAUUACUACCUCCAAAGAAUUCGAAGAGAAGUGGUUCGGGAAGCUCAAAGACCGUUUCUGUCCCUCGGAAAAUCAGUUCCACAUGGAGAUACAGAUCAUGGCUUAGAGAAGCAUGUCACGACCCAAACAUCUUGUACUGUGUUGUCCUCGUUUACUUU